CGCAUGUCGACUGUCGAGUGUGAUGACUUGAUGACUGAUGAGUGAUCGGAAAUGUUAAAUAUCAAAAUAUUUCGAAAGUUGCAUUUCUAAGGAUUUUACAUUUAUGUUAAACGUAGGCAAGUUAAUUUUGUGUUAUUCAUGCAUCACCAAGAUCAUACAAUAUGGAAAACAAUACCGAUCAUUCUGAUCAAAACAAUUUCAGUCCGCUUACUGUUCAAGAAGUAGAUGUAGAUUUUUUACCGAUUGUUUACGAAAUCAUACGAAGCGUUGAACGAGAUUUCCUCGACAACUCUGCAAAAGCAAGGGAGUCUCAAGAUUGUAGUCUGAAAGUUUUAGAAUUGCAAAAGAAAUUCGAUAUCGCUCGUUCUCAGAUCAAGCGUCUACCCGGCAUAGAGUAUAACAAACAGGAUCAGUUAAAGCAGUUUGAGAUAUUAAGAACUCAACUGAGGCUGAAAAGAGAACUGCUCCAGAAGUACCGAAACAUGUGCUCAUUUGAAACAUCAUUCAAGUGAUCAUAAUGCCACUACGAGCACUAUUUAGGUAUUUAGCAAAUAAUGAACGUCUAGUGCAAAAAAUUGCAGAGUCCUACCCUGUGAGACGGGCGGCUCAACUAGCUGUAUCCAUAUUUUUUAGAGGAAAGGAAAAACUGACAGAAAUGAACCCGGAGAAGGUUAAUAGGUUUGUGUCAUUCUAUAGAAAAUUUAGUCAAAACCUUAGAGAAGGCAUUGAUGAUGCAAAGAAACAGAUAAAGAAAU